GUUGUGUUGCGUGCAUCCACCGCAUGCGCAUCCUCAGAUGAAAGAAAAGACCAAAAUAACGUUUAGGGGGGGCCAACUUAAGCAGGUGCGAGAGUGAAAUGUCUGGGAAGUCUAAUUUCACAAUUGACGAUGCCUUUGACCCAGACGACGACGACAUUGUCCGCACGUACGGUUCUACUACGGAGAGCACGCCGCUGAAACCACGGCAAGACAUGACAGCGACCGACAGCGUCGCCGUUCGGGUCGAGGAACCCAGGGACCGAAACAAUCGGAGCAGCUGCAGCAAACCUCUCAGGCUGAAGCUUCCUGAGGAGAACUUGUCAAAGGAUAGCGACUCCUUGAUCCAGUGUGACCAGAGCUUCCAGAAAUACGACGCCAGGGAUGGAUGGUGGACGCACCCCAAAGUGCGCGAAAACUGGAGAGUGAUGUUGGCAGCUUUUGGCCUGUUACUCGCUGGCCUAGGCCUCAUCGCUACUGGGAUAGUUGUGCAGAUAUUGCCAAGAGUUGGCGUCCAAGGUCUGGUCUUCUUUAUUGCUGGUGCCAUCUGUUUCAUUCCUGGAGCAUACCAUGUGGUGUAUGUGUACUGUGCUGUGAAGGGGUACCGUGGCUAUGACUUCUACAAUCUACCAUUGUUUAACUAGACUUUAACUGUGGGCGAUCUGUGUUGACUAAAGUGGACCAGACUGAUUUUAUGCCAUGGAACACAGUCCACUGUCUUCCCUGCAUUAUUGUCUUUCAUCAUGUUUGGAGGCUUUGUGCAGAGAUCACUGGCAGUGAAAUGUUGAAGAAAUUUAAGCCAAAGGAACUGUUAUGUGUGUGCAUAUGUUGUGUUGUAUUUAUUAUAAGCUGUGUAAGGUUAUCCUUGACUGUGUGUCCGUGAAGUACAAUAAGCCCCUUGCAAGACUUGGUAUUUAUUAGGGGAGGGAAAUUGCUUAUUUGCUCAUCGAGGCCAAGAUGCCAAUUUUCAUGGAAAGCAGAAGAGAAUUGGUAUCUGUGAUUUUUUUUCUCCCUGCUUCGAUAGCAUGCUGCACCCUUCAAAGCAUGUUCGCCAUUUGUAGUGGGUUGUGACAUUGAACUAUGACAUUUCUCUGUGCUUGCUAAGGUCUUAAUCCAGGACGCAGCGUCCAUGCACAUUCAGUUCAACUGUGCCAGCAGAAUGUGAGAGCCAAGUGGCCAUUAUGGUAGAAGAAGCUCAUGAAGGGUUUGAGUAUUGCUCUGUGUAAGUGGGGGCACACAGUGGCAGUGAGGGUCUUUGGAUGCCAAGUCGUAACAUCCUGAAGUUAUUUUGUGGCAGCUCAACUCGAGAUUUAGAAAACUCGUGCUUAAGUGUGUGCUGUCUUGCCUUUUCAAGCUGAAUCACAUUGCAGCUAUGGCUGCCAUUAGUGACGCAGGUUUACAGUGUGGUGCAGCUCUCAGAUACAUGUUCUGCUUGAUGUCCCGCAACUUAUGUUUGCUGUCGGUGUAUGGUAGUGAACUGUUGUAAUGCGAUAUUUGUAUCCAUUCAUUCAAUUCCCAAUGACACAAGAUAGAUGUGAUUGUCACAGUGCAUCUGAUGGUCUACACUAACUCCAGGUUAAAAUACUCUUUGGCUGUGUGGCUAAGUUAAUAUCUUGUGAGUCCUCAUUACUAGGCAUUUGAGUGUAGCAGCAAUUUUGCUUUGCCAUCAUCAUUAUUUUCUGAUCCUGCCAUUCACAUUACAGGCAGUAGAGCUUUCAGUGGGUGGUAUUGCAUUUUGUUAUCUGCAUUCAUUAUUUAAUUAUAUUGCAUGUCAUUAUAGUAGUGAUUUACUGUACGAAUAACUUUUUCCCCUCGGUGUUUAGGUGGAAUUGUCACCCACACCAUAUGUUCAUAAGAACUGUGUGAGCUACCUCUGGGUGCAGCUGGUAUGAAAGGCUUCCACUGAAUGUUGCACAGUGCCAGGUAUACAUGGUCCUUUUCUCUGAAGUGCUGGCUUGUUAGCGCUCAAACUCCAGAUGGAGCUGGCAUAUUUUGGUGGGUAUUUUCUUAUACCACAUCUAAGUAAAUUGCUCAGCUGGUUCACCCCAAAAUACAUCAAGUAUGCAUCAUCUGCUAUUACAGAAAAAAAGAAUUUGCAAUACUGAUGGUGCUAUCUCCCACUUUGAUGGCAAAACAAGGCAUGCAUCAUGUUUUGCCCUAUGAGAGAUAGUUCCACUGCUCUGUUCCUGAAAAUUCUAAAUUUGCUGUGCAGCAAUCUUACAGACAAUGCACAUUUGUGAUUUAUCUGUACAAAACAGCUAAGUAAUGCACCCAAACGUUUUAUUAAACUGAAUUUGCUGCAGAAUGCCACCCCUGUGUGUAAUUCGAGCACCAAUGAGCGAGCGGUUCAACAGAAGACUUGUGUAUAUCUGGUGCUCCUUUUAAGCAGCACUCAGUAUACAUGUGUUGUGUGGUGUGGCUUGCAACAUUACAAUCACAUAUGAUUGUGUGAGGCAAGUUAUUUCUAGCCAACAUAUUCUGAUUGUGUGCCAACAUUUACUUUCUUAAUGUUCCUAUGAUUGAUGAUUGUGUAUUUAAGUUUACAUUUACCACAUUGGUAGUGUUGCUAUUUAUAUACCCUUUCUUUGUAAGCAGUUGCAUGCUUUAAUGGUGAAUAGUAGUUGCACCAGAGUGUAUGUGCUCUUGUCAAUGCCAUUCUCCGUGCAACUGAAUCCAUCUAGUCUCAUCACAGUUGCAGCCUAUGUUUUGAAAUAACUAAGCCUUAUGUUGUACACUCCUAUUUUAAGAACUGCCGAUGUUUAGAAAACAAGCUGUAAUGCUGAUAACUGUUUAGGACUUGCAGAGUUGGCCAACAUUGCAGGGACAACCUUGCAGCUUUUACAGGCUCUUGAAUUGAUAAAGAAAAGAAGGCAGUAUGCACAGGCCAUAUUAGAAAUUAGUGGGACUCGUAUGGGCAUGUACAUUGUCAGCAGUGUGAACAUCAGGCCCACAAUUCUAAUGACCAUGUUUUAAUUUUUUCAGGCCUUAAGAAAAAAAAAAGCUCAAAAUAUUUAUGCGUAGGCUCAGGCAUUUUAAAUUGUGUCAUCUACAAACUUGUACUUAUGUUUUACUGACUUUAAAAGUUUUACCAGUAAAGUGCGCUGUUUCACACUGUAUGCAAAUGUAGUCAAUGGAAAUAUUUUCUCUGAUGUCAGAAUUUCCCAACAAAUUUUUCGUAGACUGCAUGUCUAUUUUUCUGCAUAUUUUGUGUGCUGUAAUGGUGAAGUGUUUCCCUCACAUUUCUCACAUGUAAAUGGAAAGCACAAUUCCUUUUAUGGGUUAUUGGUUAAGGCUUUGCAUGGAAUAGCCUUUCGAAGCCUCAUGCCCUCUUUGAACCCUUCAAACGUGUGAACUUGGGGACUUCACUAUGGCCAAAUACCAUGCAGAAUGUGGUGCAUUCCAGCCAUAUUAUUUUGAUAAAAAUGCUCACUGUUGAUCAGAGCCUCAUGUACAAUUAUUUGGGACAGAGCUGUAAUAAAUACAAAUUCUUUUACCUGUGUA